AUGUCCUACUACAAUCAAACAUAUGGCCAGGGUACUGGCACAGGCUCUUCAAACCUCCAGUUCUAUUCCUCUUCCUAUUCGAAUGUCUCGGGCCACACCACACCGUCACAAGCGUCUUACGGUACUUAUGGCGCCGGCAAUACCGCUUCAGCAUACCCUGGCUACGGCGCAGGCUCUUCCAGUGGCUUUGGCGGAGGUCCAGGAAUACAAAGUGUCAGUGGUCGGAUGGGAGAAACGGGAGGAUUAAGAACGGGCUGGUUGGCUGCGUUUGGAACAGAAGGGUAUGAGGGAGAACCCGGUUUAAUGGAAGAGCUCGGUGUAAAUUUUGGACAUAUUAAAACGAAGACUCUUACUGUACUCAACCCAUGGACGCGGCCCUCGCCUCACAUCAUGGACGACAGCGACUUGUACGGAGGCCUCCUGUUUCUGGUACUCUACGGAACCUUCCUCGCCCUCUCCGGCAAGUUCUUCUAUGGAUAUAUUUACGGUAUCGCCCUAUUUGGAUCAAUAGCGCUACAUUGGAUGUUUGCACUCAUGACGCCGCCUUUGGAUCCCAACGAUUCGGACCAGAUGUCGCAGGCUCAACGAGACCAUACCCCAGGCGGCUCUGGGCAUCAUGUUGGUCACUUCUCGAGCACGCUUACCUACUCGAGGAGCGCCAGUGUCCUCGGCUACUGUUUCCUUCCUCUAGUCUUUACGGCCUUGUUUGGAAUAUUGCUUCCGAUGGACACCGGAAUAGGCUAUGUUUUGACGGCUGCGGCAGUGGGUUGGUGCACAUAUAGCAGUUCUGGAAUGUUCGUGAGCGUGGGUAGAAUGAAAGGCAUGCGAGGACUGGUGGCAUACCCCCUUGCUCUGUUCUACCUGGGUUUCGGAAUCAUGGGCAUCUUUUCUUCCAGAGGAAGCAGAAUGUUAGAGGGGAGAACGAUAUGA